AUGACAACCACCGAUCCCAUUCCAUUCCACAAGCUCAAUGAACCUUUGAAAGACAUUGUCGACCCAACUACAAAUAAGAAUGUGGCCAACAUUGUGUGUCCCAUCAACACUUGCAAAUGCGUCAUUAUUCGAAAAGGAGCUGCCACUUUGGUUGAACGUGUAGAGAAUAAGUUGGCGUUACCCGAGCAUGUAUUGCAAGGCGUGAGUGAGCAACCUGAUGAUGAAAAUGCCGAGGGCAGGACGUACUUUUGGCACUUGGGCAACAUGAUGGAUUUCGAAAAUGUGGGCUUCUCAAAGACUGUGGAUACUACAAAGUAUUUGUCUUGUGCAGACUGUGAUGCUGGACCUAUUGGAUAUCAUGACACCCAAAGUGACCCCAAGGAGUUCUUGGUCAAUGUGCGUCGGGCUCGUUAUCAAUUCUAG